GUCAUUGAUGCUGGUGGCUCCAUGACCAUCCACACAUUUGGGGCAUAUUUUGGACUGACAGUUGCUUGGAUCUUAAACCGUCCAAAACUUUUACAAAACAACCACAAGGAAGGAUCAACGGCCGUUUCCGAUCUGUUUUCCAUGAUUGGAACCCUGUUUCUUUGGAUGUAUUGGCCCAGCUUUAAUUCAGCAGUAUCGCAUCAUGGAGAUGCCCAGCACAGGGCUGCCAUUAACACAUAUUGCUCAUUGGCUGCUUGUGUUGUGACAACUUUUGCCAUUUCCAGCGUGGUAAACAAAGAUGGUAAAUUAGCCAUGGUACAUAUCCAGAAUGCAACGUUAGCUGGAGGGGUAGCAGUUGGAACAGCAGCAGAAAUGUAUCUGUCACCAUAUGGAUCUCUGAUAGUUGGGUUCAUAUGUGGUAUAGUUUCCACCCUUGGAUUUACCUACCUUUCA